GCGCCGUACUCCCCCUCAUAGCCAGAAUUAGAGACCAGCCGGGUGCUGGGAGGUUAACGAGGCCGGCUAGUCCCGCCCCCGUAUUGAGCGCGGUGCUUCUCUUCCGCUCCGGGUGGGGUCUGCUUCCCUUUCCGGGCGGGCAGGCAGCGAACCCCAGUGUCUUUAUCCCUCUUUUGCACAGAGUCAGCUUCUGCAGCUCUCCCUGGCUGGCAUGGCAGCGUGGAGGAGUUGGGCCGCUCUGCGGCUCUGCGCCACAGUUGUUUUACUUGAUAUGGUCGUCUGUAAAGGAUUUGUAGAAGAUUUAGACGAAUCGUUUAAAGAAAAUCGAAAUGAUGACAUUUGGCUUGUAGAUUUUUAUGCACCAUGGUGUGGCCAUUGUAAAAAGCUGGAACCGAUUUGGAAUGAAGUUGGUCUUGAGAUGAAAAGCAUUGGUUCUCCAGUUAAGGUUGGAAAGAUGGAUGCUACUUCCUAUUCUAAUUAAAAGGGGACUUGGCAUAUAAUUAUAGAGGACCACGAACAAAAGAUGAUAUUAUUGAGUUUGCUCACAGGGUAUCUGGGGCUCUAAUUCGGCCACUUCCAAGUCAACAAAUGUUUGAACAUAUGCAGAAGAGACACCGUGUAUUUUUUGUUUAUAUAGGUGGAGAAUCACCUUUGAAAGAGAAAUACAUAGAUGCUGCUUCAGAAUUGAUUGUAUAUACGUACUUCUUUUCUGCCUCAGAAGAAGUGGUUCCUGAGUAUGUGACACUAAAAGAGAUGCCGGCUGUGCUUGUUUUCAAAGACGAAACUUACUUUGUUUAUGACGAGUAUGAAGAUGGUGAUCUGUCAUCAUGGAUCAACAGGGAAAGGUUUCAGAAUUACCUUGCUAUGGAUGGCUUCCUCUUAUAUGAACUUGGAGACACAGGAAAGCUUGUGGCUCUUGCAGUUAUUGAUGAGAAAAAUACAUCAGUUGAACAUGCCAGAUUGAAGUCAAUUAUUCAGGAAGUUGCAAGAGAUUACAGAGACCUCUUCCAUAGGGAUUUUCAAUUUGGCCAUAUGGAUGGAAAUGACUACAUAAAUACCUUGCUGAUGGAUGAAUUGACAGUCCCAACUGUAGUUGUACUGAAUACUUCAAACCAACAAUAUUUCUUGCUGGAUAGACAGAUUAAGAAUGUUGAAGACAUGGUCCAGUUUAUAAAUAACAUUUUGGAUGGCACAGUAGAAGCCCAAGGAGGUGAUAGCAUUUUGCAGAGAUUGAAAAGAAUAGUAUUUGAUGCCAAAUCUACUAUUGUGUCUAUAUUCAAGAGCUCACCACUGAUGGGCUGCUUUCUCUUUGGCCUGCCACUGGGUGUCAUCAGUAUCAUGUGCUAUGGAAUCUACACAGCCGACACAGAUGGAGGUUAUAUAGAAGAACGAUAUGAAGUGUCUAAAAGUGAAAAUGAAAACCAAGAACAGAUAGGAGAGAGCAAAGAACAGCAGGAGCCAAGCAGCGGAGAAUCUGUGGUGCCUACAGUGCAGGAGCCCAAGGAUGUAUUAGAAAAGAAGAAAGAUUGAGACUUGAUUACUAUAAAAUAUUUGAUAGGACUUCAAAUUAUUAAAGAGUCUAUUUAUUGAAUUUAGACAUUUAAUCAUGAUCUUUACAGAAAAGAACAUGUUAUUUGUAUUUUGCUAAUAUCAACUGCAUGGAUUAAAGUAGUCCCUCCAUACAUGGGGAAGUGUUUGGAGCAAAGAGAUGAACAGUUUGUCUGAAACAAACACAGAGCACUCCAUCAAAAUUUACCUGAUAUUUGUGAUUAGAACACAUCAGUUCUAUUUGCAUGUUUCUCUAUCUGAAUAUUCUGUGACAAAAAGUUAAGAUUCUUGGGCAGAAUAUUUAAAUUGGUGAGUCAGGUAGAAGAUACAUGUGUGAUAUAGAAAAGUAAUGCCUCCCCUGCUGCCAUUCAUUUGCCUCAUAUAUUUUGGAUAAUAUUUAUAUGGACAAAAGUAAGUCCUUAAAAUUUAGGCACUUUAAGGAGAACUAAUAACUUUUUCCAUGUAUCAAAUUAAGAUUGAGGUUAAAAAUAAUGUGGUUUUAUAUAGCAUAGUGAUUUUAUUUUGUUAGUUAUUUUUAAAGGAGAAGAAAUGUUACUUUUUAACUUUAUACUCAGUUGCAUUAUCAUAAAAUUUUCAUAUGGACCUAGAUAAUGGGGAAAAAAGUCUUGUGAUUGACUUUCGCAAAAUGAACAGGGUUUACUGAGAGUAGAGGUUUCAACCCAUUCCUUGGAUUACUCUUAACGGGUAUUUCAUCUGUCAUUGUAGGUUGGGAAGGGUCUCUGUUAAUCCUACCCUGCUUUAGCCAGAACAGCCUAGUAUUUUAUUUCUAUUUUAUAUAUUGAGAUUUCUUCUAACAUUUCCUUUGAUAAAAAUCUUCUGCUUUUUGAAAAGUAGUAUGUAUCAUAUUUUUAUGUUUACAGUGUGUUAACUUUAUGGUAACUUAUACUCCAGAAUACGUAUGUUUGUACCCACAAACACGUAAAGUUUAUUGACACAUCUAUUAUGUAAUGCUGUAGACCUGUCCAUGUCUGUUUCAUAAUGAAUAAUGAGUGACAUCAGCAUGUCCAGUGACAAGUCACAUCCAGUGGGAAAAAAGUGAUCAGCCGGUUACCUUCUCCAUUUCCUUAGUUCUGUCACCCAUUUCAUCAAGUGACCUCUCAUCUUCUGUAAACUAAUACAGGAAUUCUAUCCAAAGCAAUGUCUAAAAACCCUUUUUUUAAAAGUAACAGUUUGGUAUGCUUAUUGUAGAUAAAUUAUUUUUGAGGCCUUCAUUUUAGCUAAGUUUAGAAUUUAUGUUAGGCAACUAAGAUUUGAGUGGCUAUUCAUUGAGUAAUUUUCUACUAUAUUUUAUUGAACAUUUAUUUAAAAAUAUGUAACUCAUGGUCAAAAAAUAGGUGAUUCAUGGUCCCGACACUGAAGUUGUUUAGCGAUUUAGUCAUCAAGGGCAGUCUUCUCUUGUUUCUAAUGCCAUACUAAUCAAGACAGUAUGGACACUUGUAUCUUAAUUACCAAGGAAUUACUAGUAAUUGUUUUAUUUUAUCCAUGUACUCUUAGUAUUUAAUAAUUAAAUACCUAUUCUUAGUGCUUGACACUCCAUAUUUCUGUUUUUUGGAAAUGAAACAAAUAUGCAGUCCAAAAUUCAGAAACUACUAGAGUGAAAUGCUGUUAAGUGGAAACCGGAGAUAAAUGCUGUUAUUUUAACAAGUAGAUUCUUUUCCAAAGAAUAAUGAGUGAUUCUUGGGAAGAUAAAUUUUAAUGUUCCCAAUAGUCAAGCUUGUUUUGUAGUAGUGAAAAGCUUACAUGAGUACGGGUGCCUCAUUUGAAACUCAGCCUAGUAAGGAAGUGAAAACUUAGCAGUCAGUGACAUGGGGAAAUAGCUGUAGAAAGUGUCAUCUAUUUUUUUCGUAUUUAUAGUUAAUCAUCUGCAUAUUUUUGUCUUGUUGAUCAUUACCUGUAAAUGAAAGACCUUAAUAGGAAAAAAAAAAAAAGAGUAAAGCUCAGUGUGAAUGCAAAUAUCCAGUGAUCUUCCUUUGUAUUCUGUGAUGUUCUUUAUAAAUGAAUGCCUCAGUUCUCUGCUACCCUUUUCACAGCUUUGUACUGUUGCCUUAUAUUGUUUGUGCUUUUAAAGUGUGUCUAUUGGGAAAACAAAAUGUGUAGGUGGUUUGUAAGUGAAUAAUUUUUAUUUCUUUUUGUAUUAAAAUUUUGCUUUUUUUUCUACUUUGGGAGAUGUUUUUUACAUUGUCAGACUACUCACAAAACAGAUUUUAAAAUUUGUUUGCUCGUGUGCUUUUCCCUUCAAUGUGAUAUCAGAGAUUACUAUGAAUGUUAGUUUCAUUCCAUGAAAAAUUACUUCCAUAUAAAGAUAGAUCUCUUAAUAAGUGAAUCUAGUGGAAGAACAUAGGUAUCAUUCUAAUUCCAUGAUGAAUUUUGUCAUGAUUCUAUGUGAAUAAUGGGGUCCUUCAGGAAGCUGGAGCUUUUAAUUGCAGUGAAGUUCUCUAUAACUUCUAAAUUCAGAUUUCUAGAUCCUUGCUUUUGCAGAAUUUGGUGCUCAGAUAAUAUUUAAGGAUAUUUCAGCGAGACAAACUGCAUGUUUUUAUCAAGUACCCUGUGCACCGCAUUAUAUCUGGCAAUUCUUUUUGUUUCAUUAUAUGCAUCAAUAUUUUUCUCAGCUACUAUUACCUGAAACUUGUUUAACAUGUAUUAGACCUAGAAUUUUCAUUUUCUUUCUCACAUAGUUGCUUCCUGGUAUCUGAUUGAAAAAUAACAUUAAAAUGCCAAAUACCUGUGGGAUUUAAGGAAGGGUCUAUAUGAGUAGGUAAAUUAGCAGUAUUGUUUUUGUUUAGUGGAUUUUGUUAGUGACUUUUUUUGUGUUUUGCUUUGGGGCCUUUUUAUUUUGGUGUUGUAAAAAGUAACAGAUAUUUUCAUCAUUGCUUCAUAUGACAUGGAGUUAGGACAGGGAAAAAUCAUUCAACUAUUCUUAUGCAUUAAGAGAUCAAAUAAACCAGUGUGGGAUAUUAAGACUAUCAAUUGGUGGGAUUAGGCUUGCCAUUUUAUUUUUAUAAAUAUAUAUUUUUUCUGAAUGUGUCUGAGUCCAAGAGUGGGCAAAAAAUAAUUUUCUACUUUGGACUAAUCUAUAGAGGUUUUUGAAAGUCUGCAUUACUAACUUGUUGAAUUCAUGAUAUUCUGCCUAUGGCACAAAUUGUAAACCUUUGUUUUUCUAAAAUAAAGUAAUUGAAAACCUGUAA